AUGUUUCUAUCCAAAAUAGCCUCUUUAUUCUUCAAAAACAUCUCUGUACCCGGCAACGAAACUACCGAAUCCCAAACGAUAGUCAUGGCUCCUAGUGAUUUCAACACCCAGGUCCUUGCCGACCAGCCCUUCAAAAUGAUACAGGAAUGCGACGAAGUGUUCAAAUCCAUUGUGAAGUAUCCUGGCGAAAUCCCUUAUCACCUAGCGGGGAUCAUAGUCGACCAUCUGUGGGUUCAUUUUAGGAACUGGCUCGAUAGGCACCUUAAGACGAACUGUGAUCGACCUGAGCCCUUGUCCGGGUUGAGAGCUAUCGAUGAGAGAAUCUCAAUGGGAGGUGAACGCGAGAAAACCAACUUCGUCCACGACCUCAAAGUUCUCUACCACUAUCUCGAGAAAAUGGCAUCAAUACUCCUCCGCGGAGCUGAGAACCGGCUGAGGGGCGACGAAGCCACUCGAAAAGAUCCCUUGCCGCUAGGCUCACCGAUCGAGAUAGACUACGACAUAAGGCUGGGUCCACGAUCUGACCUCGGCUGGUACAUGUUCUUCGGUAUUCCGAUGCGCCUCCUGCUCCUCGAGUCCGCGUCUUUCGUGUUCUCCGAGAAGAAUGAUGAGGCAGCCGACGCUUACCUAGCGGAGACUGUGAGCAAAGGUGCCAUAGAGGGUGGAUUGAUAAACCAGCAUGUUCACUGA